AUGCCAAAGAAGUCCAACGUGUGGAAGUACUUCACCCGUUUAACGGAUGGACAUGGGAGCGUCAUCAACAAAGCCAGGUGCAACUAUUGCACAGAUAAAAAGGAGUUUGAAACAAAAGAUGGUACGAGCAACUUGUGGAAGCACUUCAAAAAAUUUCAUCCACAGGAAGCUGCUGCUGCCGAGGGGGCAGCAACAGCAGCACAACAGCCACAGCCGCCGCUGCCGCCCUGCGCUCCUUCAGGCUCCAGUGGUGCAUCCACGGAUCAUGAGCCAAUGCUCAACGAAGAUGAAUCCUUGCAGGUGAUUUUUCAACGACAGUUUAAAUCCAGCACAGAGAAGGUGCAGGACAUGGGGGCAGCACCACCGCUACAGCAGCAGCAGCAGCAGCAGCAGACACCGCUGCCGCCCCUGCCUUGUGCUCUGUCACAAGAACCCAGCCUUGAAGGACAAGCCCACCACGAGCCGGACGUGGACGAAAAGGAUGCAAUCAGAGACCUCGCUCGGAUGAUCGGGCUUCAUGGAUAUGAUCCGUUAGUCGUGGAGGACGACCACUUCAGGAGCUUCGUGCAUCGCCUCAACCCUGGAUUCAAGCUGCCUUCGCGCUGUAAAAUUGAGGAGAUGUGCGCUGUGGCAACCCCAGUUUUGCAGUGGGUAAAGCUAAAGUCUUGGAGGCGGCGGAGGAAGUCCCUGUACCUAACGUGCCACUUUAUUGAUGAUCAAUGGAAUCUUCAUAGGGUGGUCAUGGAUGCUUUCAAGGUUUUACCUCCUGGUGGUCACUACAGUCUUGACCCGCUACGGGGAAUGUUUAUGAUUUCCCUUGACUAUAGUGACCGCCUCCUAUCCACCAUUGCACAGCAAAUUAUCUAUUACCCGUUCAUGAUAGCAGGGGAAAUGACCGCCGACUUUGAACUCAUCAUUAAAUUGAAGGAUCACUUACAGUACGAAAUUUAUUAUGAAAUUCCUCACCCUGACAGAGAGAUAAUUUGUGCCACCUAUAUGGACCAUGUGCUUCACUCUAUUGCUCGAUUCCUUCUUCCAGAUUCACAAUUCACAGCAGAUUUGAUAUGGUACAUGGACGGAUUGUCAAAAGAAGAAUACCAGGAACAUCUUUCACCAUGGGACUAUGAAGAACGCUGGUAUUCGUGCUAUUGUUCUUUGGAAAUACAAAUUCAAAAGUUAGAAUCGGAAUCAAAUCUCCAAAUACUAAUGUGCAAUAUUUUGCGGGUGAUAUACCGUGCCAUUAAUAAACUUUUGGCCUCCACCACUCCCACUUCAAAUCUUUGUCUAGAAGAGCUGUUUAAAAAUGUUGCAGACGUUCUUCGAGAGGCACCGUGCACCGUUGACAAGGCUAUAGAAGAUUCGUACAUGGUCUGGUCUAUACCACUUGUACUUGACCCUCGGUACAAACUCAGGCACGUAAAAAGUAAUUUUGAGACCGUGUUUGGUUCAGAGUCAGAGGCCGCAAAUCAUUGCACCGAGGUAACAAGAAGGCUUAAAGAGCUCUAUAGCAGUUACAUUGAAGAUUCAGAUGACAGUAGUGAGGAGAUGGCCAUUGAUAGCUGUAAUCCAACAGAGCAAACACAGGAUUAUGGUGAGUCGGAACUCGAUUGUUACAUGCAAGAUAGUCCCACCCGUCCAACAGAGGAUUUUGACAUUCUCAAAUGGUGGAAAAUUUAUGGCUCGGUUCAGUACCCGACGGUGGCUCGGAUGGCAAGGGAUGCUCUGGCCAUGCCCACAUGCAGUAAGCUUACUUCUGACCAAACCGCUCAUGUCAGGAGCAUCAUUCGUGGUUAUAAUGAUUAA